AUGGAAGAAAUUGUUUCAGGCGUUGGCAAGAUGCUGUUGGAUUCAGCUGCGGUGGAGACGGGCUUCAGCAGUGGCGGCGGCGGCGGCGUCGUCAGCAGCGGCUCUUCGUCGUCGUCGUCGUCCUCUGCUUCGGACUGCGAGGAGACCGGGGCGGGCACGUCGCCGCGCAAACUGCUUUCGCUGGCCAUCUAUCGGCGCCGUGCGCUCUUCAACAGCAAGGAGCGCGACCUUAGGUUGGAGCUGCUGCACACCAGCCUCAUCCAGUCGCUGUGCAAGUUCCUGGGAGAGCGGCGCGCCAAGCGGCGCCAUCAUCGGCGUGCUGCGAAGCGACACUUCGCGCAUGUUAGCGGCAGCCGGGAAUGUGCUGAUAAACGUGAGUACUGCUCCUCCUCCUCCUCCUUCGCCCAGUGCAAUAGUGCGGUGCUGUGCAGCGGCGAGCUACCGGAGCUCGCCGAUUUCUGUGGAUUUUUGGAUGUGGGUGGCGAGGCCGGCGCGUCAUCGCCCGCCGCUGGUGAGAUGGCCGAGUUUGGUUAUAGCCCCAAUUUGUACAGUUACACGCAACAAGAUAACUGUGUUCAGUUACGCGUUCCGAAUGCUGCGGAGGAUGAUGGGGCGGCAUCAUCGCCGCCGGUGUGCAAGAAGCCACGCUACGAGAAGGGGCAGCUGGACGCGGAUCCGUUUGGCUUGGACUCGUUGUUCAGUGAGCUCUGUGCGUCGCCGUCACUCGCUUCACCAGGUUAG